GGGCGGGGACUCUUGCGCAGGCGCGCUGCUCACUCAUCGACGCAACAUGUUUGUGAGAGCGAGCGCUAAACGCUAGAGACUCGGCGCGACCUCUGUUCAUCUUCUACGGGACUCAGCGCUCACCGCACCGGCCCGGGUCCCUUAGUCUUUGCCGCUCGAAGCCGUCUUCGGUCCAGUGACGUCACGGCCAGGUGGCAUUCCCCGGCUAGCGCCGCGUCAUCACGGAAGGCGGUGUCGCGCACGUUGUCCCUGCCCUGCGUGACGGAGAGCGCGCGUCCCUGUUUGUGCGCGCUCCGGGCGGGCUGCGGCUUGCAGAGAAGCGCAGGAGAGCGAGGCAGAGCACGGCCGGCGCGGACCGGAGCACAAGCGCCUGUACCGGGAGUCCUACCGACCUUACCGCCCCCACGCACGGAGAGUUUCCACCUCCAGAGCAGCCACUGCAUGGUCCCCUCACCCUGAGCUGCCCUCAGCCACGCGUGGGCUGCCCUCGCCAACAUGUCAGCAGCCCAGGUCUCCUCCUCACGCCGGCAGUCCUGUUACCUGUGUGACCUGCCGCGCAUGCCAUGGGCCAUGAUCUGGGACUUCACCGAGCCCGUGUGCCGUGGCUGCGUCAACUACGAGGGUGCCGACCGCAUUGAGUUCGUCAUCGACACAGCCCGCCAGCUGAAGCGCAGCCACGGCUUUCAGGAUGGACGCUCCCCUGGGCCACAGGGGCCCGGCUCAGGAGGAGCAGCCAAGCAGCACCCGGCAGUCCAGGCAGCCCUGACGGCCAAGGACACGGCGCAGCUCAACCAUCUGGAUGGAGCAGCCAAGGCGGCUGCUUCUGGCCUGGAGCGUUACGGACUGCCUAGCGACAGGGGCCGCUUCGAGUACACCCUGACUGCUGCCCGGCUCCCCAACGGCCUCAACGGAUUUCCAAAGCCGGGGGAGGAUGGCCCCCCAGAGCUGAACCGCCAGAGCCCCAACUCCCGGGGGCGCUCAGGACAUGGACUUAUCCCCCAGCUGGGGCCUGGGCAGCUGAGCGUGCCCCCAAACCUGCUCCCCCAGACCCUGCUAAACGGCCCCCCAACAGCCUCCUCCUCAGGGGCUCCACAUGUUCUGGGAAGGGGUCCUGUCGGCUCCAGUGGCCUGAGCGGCCCAGCACCCCCUUCAGCCUCUUCUUCAGGGGACCCGAAACGCCCGGGCUCCGUGUCCAGCACAGACCAGGAAAGGGAGCUCAAGGAGAAGCAGAGGAACAGCGAGGCUCUGUCUGAGCUGACUGAGAGCCUGCGGAACAGGGCAGAGGAAUGGGCCAGCAAGCCCAAACCCGUGCGCGACACCCUGCUCACCCUGUCCAGCUGCACCCCCUUUGACGUCCGUUUCAAAAAGGACCACACUCUGCUGGGGCGAGUCUUUGCCUUCGACGCGGCGUCCAAGCCGGGGCUCCUGGAUUACGAGCUGAAGCUGUUUGUGGAAUACCCCAGCGGCUCGCUCAACGUGUUCAGCUCCGCCUCAGGCGUCGCUAAGCAGAUGUACCAAGAUUGCAUGAAAGACUUUGGCCGCGGCUUGUCGUCCGGCUUUAAGUACCUGGAGUACGAGAGGAAGCACGGCUCCGGGGACUGGCGCCUACUGGGGGACCUGCUGCCGGAGUCCGUGCGCUUCUUCAAGGAGAUGGUAGGAGCAGACAUGCUGCCCCAGCCGUACCUCGACCCGGGCUGCCCCAUGCUGCCCAGCGCGUUAGUAAAUCUGCCCCGGGCCCUGGCUGCUGCGGCCGCCGCCGCGUCUUCUGCCGGAGGGAGCAGCCAGGCUAGAGGCGGCGUGAGGAAGCGCAAGGCCUCCCCAGAACCAGACUCUGCUGAGGGACAGAUGUGGAUAACUGGACAGCCUGACGGCAUAAAGCAGCUGAGCUUAGCUGCCGGGGGAGCCCCAUCGUCUUCAUCUUCAGCUACGGCAUACGGAGGCCCCGCUCCUCCACCGCCUCCCCCACCUCUCGGCCCUGGGCACCCACAGCGAACCACCCCACCUGAGAGCGCCCCACCGAACGGGCCGUCUCCCAUGGCAGCAUUGCAGUCUGUGACAGACACUUUGGGAACUGCACACUCCCCCAAGGACGGCCAGACCGGUGGGGGGCCCGCCGUGCACUCCACCACUUCGUCCGCCCGCAGGAACAGCAGCAGCCCGGUUUCUCCCGCCUCGGUCACCGGCCAGAGGCGUCUGAACUCUCGCAAUGGAGCAGGGUCGGCGGAGCUGAGCCUCCAGGUGGCCUCUGCUGGGGGAGCCCCUCAUCCGGGAAUGGACCAAGUGCAUCCCCAAAACAUUCCCGAUUCACCCAUGGCCAACAGCGGCCCCCUGUGCUGCACCAUUUGCCACGAGCGUCUGGAGGAUACGCACUUUGUCCAGUGCCCAUCCGUGCCCAGCCACAAAUUCUGCUUCCCCUGCUCCCGCGAGAGUAUCAAGGCCCAGGGGGCCACCGGGGAGGUCUACUGUCCUAGUGGCGAGAAGUGCCCGCUGGUUGGUUCCAACGUGCCCUGGGCUUUCAUGCAGGGAGAAAUUGCCACCAUCCUGGCGGGGGAUGUCAAGGUGAAAAAGGAAAGAGACCCUUAAGCCAAGCAGGCGGCGGUUGCCAUAGACACCAUUUUUCCCCCCCUCUAUUUUUUGGCGAGGGGUUUCCUCGUCUCAUUAAUGUAUCUGUACAGCUCCUCAUUUAUAACCUACAGCCCAAGGACAGGCUCCCGGGACAGGGGCCACAGCAGAGCGUGCGCACACACGUGGCUUUAGAUUGAAUAUUUAGUUGUGCGCAGCCACCCACUGCGGUUUCUUCCAGUCCCUGAAGGAUCCCUCACUAGUCUGCGAAUAUAAAAUGGAGGCCGGCGAGCGGCAGAGCCGUCGGAGGGAAGUGGCGGGUGGGGGAUGGUUUGGCUCCUCAGACCACGGAACUGAACAGCUUGCCACGUUUUUCCCGCUGAGGAGUAACUUUUGCUGGAGUUUUGUUGCCGCCGGCCGGGACUGUUGCCCCCGACGUGGAGCGGGCCGGCGCGGGGAGAGACUGUCGGGCUGCACCGUCACAUACUUUAGUCUUAUGUACAGACCCUCGGUUUUGUGGGUGUUUCAGUAUUUUGAGGCACCGCUGAUGUAACAGGUGACAUGAUUGGGUGACGCGGGAUACUAUGUGUUCUUUCUAUUUUCCUUUUUUAUCGGCUUUCGUGGCGCUGUGACCACUGGGUAAAGGUUUAUAGCACUUAGCGAUGCUGCGGGUGUGACUUUUUUUUUUUUUUUUGUAAAUGUUCGCACUUCUGUCCCGGCCCCUGGGCAGACGGUAACAGAGUGUAAAAUGCCCCGGGGCGGGCGGGCGUGCCUCCGCACACUUACCUCCCCCUCUAUGUCGAGCUUUUGCCCCGAUAACGCGGGUGGGUGUCUGUAAUCCGUGUAAUUAGCCGAUCGCAGGUCGCUGCAGGUCUACGGAAUGCCAGGCCAGUCGGGUUAACCUGUUGAGUGCUGGCAGGGAUGGAUCUGGCCAGUAAAGGGUUAUUUUUGGUGGCGCACGGAGGCUUUAAGCAGUAGAGCAGUCGCUGUCUGUACAUUUCGGGGGAUAAACUUUUCUCUUUGUCCAGAAUACAUUUCUGUAGUAUGACAGACCACUGUUAUGUGCCUUGGAGCUGAUUACAUUGUAAUAAAUCUGAUUCAUAUUA